GCAGCUGGUAGUGCGCAGGGAAUAGCCAGGGUUCGUGCAGACGUCUUGCACGUUUUUGCCAUUUCUGGUGUAGAAAUUUUCAUUUUUCUCGAGGGAAUCUGAGUACUUUAUUUGCUGUAAGGGUUAAGGAUCUGGUCUAGAGAUGAGUCAGUUCAAACUGAUCGCCCCGAAGCCGAACCCCGGGCCGCUGCCGCCCCAGGACGGGGAGGAGAACAAUAGGAAGCGGCCGGCCAGCUCCAGCCCGCCGCCCAAGAUAAAGAUGGAGGGGGCUCCUCCGCCGGCUCUGCCGGGAAACACGGCCUCCUUAGGGGCUGCGGGGACGAACGGGAUGCUCCUGAACCCCGGAGGGGUCCCGCUGGACCCUGCAGCGGCGGCUGAUGCCGAGGCACUGAGCCGGAGAACCAGCCGAAGGAAGAGAGCGAAGGUUGAGUACAGAGAGAUGGACGAGAAGUUAGCUAACCUGUCGGAAGACGAGUACUACUCUGAGGAGGAGCGUAAGGAGAAGGAGUACAAGAAGAUCGAAGAUGCUGCACCUGAACCUGAGGAAGACUCCGAUCAGGAUGAACAGACAGGUAUCGCCUACUUGCGAUCUGAUGCAGUGACGGGUCUGGAAGGUGCAGCGUUCCAGAGCAGACUGCCACACGACAAGAUGACAUCACAGGAGGCUGCCUGCUUCCCAGAUAUCAUCCAGAGUCCACAACAGACACAGAAACUGUUUCUGUACAUCAGGAACAAGAUUCUUCAGCUUUGGUUAGAGAACCCCAAGUUGCAGCUGACUUUUGAGAAUGCCCUGCCACAAAUUGAGGCUCCAUACAACAGUGAUACCACUUUGGUGAUGAGGGUCCACAGCUACUUGGAGAGGCAUGGCUACAUCAACUUCGGCGUGUACAAACGCAUCAAACCCCUCCCAACCAAGAAGAUCGGGAAAGUGAUUGUGAUUGGUGCAGGCGUGUCAGGACUCUCUGCAGCACGACAGCUGCAGUGUUUUGGCAUGGAUGUUACUGUCUUAGAAGCAAGAGACAGAGUUGGAGGGAGGGUUGCCACUUUCCGGAAGGGCAACUAUGUGGCUGACCUUGGGGCAAUGGUAGUUACAGGGCUGGGUGGAAACCCAGUGACUGUGCUGAGUCGGCAGAUAGACAUGCAUCUGAGUAAGAUCAGACAGAAAUGUCCGCUCCAUGAGGGGGAUGGGCAAACGACGGCCGGCUGCCAAACCCAGGAGGGUAGAUGUAAGCUUGUGUCCAAGGACAAGGACGAGAUGGUGGAGCGAGAGUUCAACCGGCUGCUGGAAGCCACGUCGUACCUCUCCCAUCACCUGGACUUCAACUACCUGGAGGGCAAACCUGUGUCCUUGGGACAAGCACUGGAGCUGGUUAUCAAGUUACAGGAAAAACAUGUGAAGGAGAAACAGUGUGAACACAUCAGGAACAUCAUCAAGCUACAGGAGGAGAUGAAGGGAAACCAGCAGAAGUUAUCAAGUUUGUAUGAGAAGAUCAAAGAGCUGCAUGGGCAGUGGAAGGAAGCGUCUGAAGUGAAACCACCCCGGGACAUCACGGCUGAGUUCUUGGUGAAAAGCAAACACAGGGACCUGUCUGCUACCUGCAAGGAGUUUGAUGAGCUGACAUCACAGCAGAACGGCCUGGAAGAGAAACUGUCUGAGUUGGAGGCCAACCCACCAAGCAGUGAUGUGUAUCUAUCAUCAAGAGAUCGCCAAAUCCUCGACUGGCACUUUGCCAACCUGGAGUUCGCCAACGCCACCCCUCUCUCCACCCUGUCACUUAAACACUGGGACCAGGACGACGACUUUGAGUUCUCGGGGAGUCAUCUCACGGUGCGAAACGGUUACUCCUGUCUGCCGGUGGCUCUGUCAGAAGGGCUGGACAUCAAGCUGAACACAGCAAUAAGACAAGUCCGGUACACUCCUUCAGGAUGUGAGGUGGUUGCCCAGAACCUGAGAAGCGGAGGUUCGACGUACACGUACAAGUGCGAUGCCGUCCUCUGCACACUCCCCCUCGGUGUACUGAAACAACAGCCGCCUGCCGUACAGUUCUUCCCGGCUCUGCCGGAGUGGAAAAUGGCAGCCGUCCACCGCAUGGGCUAUGGCAAUCUCAACAAGGUUGUGUUGUGCUUUGACCGUGUGUUCUGGGACCCCAACGUGAACCUGUUUGGCCACGUGGGCAGCACCACAGCCAGCCGCGGGGAACUCUUCCUGUUCUGGAACCUGUACAAGGCGCCGACGCUCAUCGCACUGGUGGCCGGCGAGGCAGCCGCCAUCAUGGAGAACGUUAGCGAUGACGUGAUCGUUGGUCGGGCCAUCACUGUGCUGAAGGGCAUCUUUGGCAACAGUGCCGUACCUCAGCCUAAAGAGACUGUUGUGACGCGGUGGCGUGCAGACCCGUGGUCCCGAGGAUCGUACUCUUACGUUGCGGCAGGUUCGUCGGGUAACGACUAUGACCUGAUGGCCACACCUGUUGCACCCAGUCCAGUGGUACCAGGUACACCACAGCAGGCCAGUAACAUGCCACGGCUGUUCUUCGGUGGCGAGCACACCAUACGGAACUACCCUGCCACGGUCCACGGAGCCAUGCUCAGCGGACUGCGAGAGGCUGGGCGGAUUGCUGACCAGUUCCUUGGUGCUCCCUACAUGAUGAACCGCCAACAAACACAGCAACCCCCUACUGUAGUGGUCACCUAACCAACACAGCAACCCCCUACUGUAGUGGUCACCUAACCAACACAGCAACCCCCUACUGUAGUGGUCACCUAACCAACACAGCAACCCCCUACUGUAGUGGUCACCUAACCACUGGGAAUAGGUUGGGCAAAAAAGGACUGUAUACAUGUUUGAUCGUAAAGAACUCUAAACUAGAGGGUAGAUCCACAAAUCUACUCAAGACUUUUGUAUAAAGCAAUGAUCUGCUUGACUCCCUAAGUUAUGACAAUUGUGUGACCAGUUGUCAAACUUUAUACUGUUCUGUUCUGUUUUGUUUUGUUAAUUUAUCAGCAAUUGUAAAUAGCUAAUGGUAACAUAUGACAGCAUACAAGAAUAGAAAGCAAGCAAAUGGAGGUAUACCCAAUUACGAGUAUCAUGACUAUAAAUAUUAGAGAUACCACUCUGCAUCCAUCAAUUAGAAGUAGUUUCUAUAGCCUGAAGGACUCUUCUGUAGAUGGUGCUGGGUCUUUGUGUGACUUCCCUGUUGUAUAUAAGGAGUAGCUUUGUCAUGUGUACAUGUAGGAGUACAUUUUAUCAGCAUAUAACUUAUUAAUAAAACGUUUCCACUGUAA